UAACUUGGCUUUUUGAAAAUAAUGCUCUUAGAUCGUAAACUCCUCUGUUUCUCAUCCAUUCCUCCAUUUCUUCUCUCUUCACCCUGCCCCCCCUUCUCUCUAUCCCCAUCACACUGACACAUUUUUUCCAGUGUCUUGGCUUUACAUCAGGACCCAUCCCCCGUUGAAUGCCAAUAAUCUUUCUCUCUCCCCCUCGCUCUCUAAACGCUUCUAAAUGUGUACGGCGCUGGAAGACUGACGUUUUGCGUCACACAAACAACAACAACAAAAAAAAAGAAACAACACUUUAUUCAGGUUUCUUCUUUCGGUGGAAGUUGGGGUCUAACUACGGUACCUGAGCGACACACGACCCGACGUUAUUCUGCGGGCAAGGACCAGGCCAAACAUGUUGCGGUCCGUUGUGCUCUUCCUUUUGAGCAUGCUGAUUGGUCUGUCCUUCUCCUUAAACCCAAGAGACCCAAAUGUCUGCAGUCUGUGGGAAAGUUUCACCACGUCAGUCAAAGAGUCCUUCUUGCAUCCUUACGACCAGGUGACAGAUGAGCCCUGUUCUGACCCGCCGACCUACAGAUGCUUGCGCCACAGAAUCACCUACAAGACAGCCUACAGGCAGGCUGUGAAGACAGACUACCGGAAGAGGUACCAGUGCUGUCCAGGCUAUUAUGAAAGCAGGGACAAAUGUGUCCCUCGAUGCACUAAGGAAUGUGUCCAUGGCCGGUGUAUCGCUCCAGACCAUUGUCAGUGUGAGAAAGGCUGGCGAGGAGACGACUGUUCCAGUGCUUGUGACGACACACACUGGGGCCCAGGUUGCAGGCAGCAGUGCAAAUGUGAGAACGGAGCUCUGUGUGAUCCCAUUAAGGGGGCAUGUCAAUGUCUCCCAGGGUUUAUUGGACGGUACUGUGAGGAGAUGUGUCCAGCCGGGACCUUUGGAAUGGGCUGUCUACAAAGGUGCAAGUGUGGGACUGGAGGAGCCUGUGCUAAGACAACAGGAGAGUGCGUUUGUCGUGACGGAUUCACUGGCACAUUCUGUGAGAAGUCAUGUCCCCGGAAAUGUCAGGCACGAUGCCCCUGCCAAAAUGGUGGAAUCUGCAGGGGCAAAGGCAUCUGUGAUUGCCCUCCAGGAUGGACGGGUGCAGUGUGCACAGAGCGAUGUCCAGAAGGCAGGUUUGGACCCAACUGUGCAGAGGAGUGCUUUUGCCAUAACAAAGGAAAGUGUGACCCUGAAAGUGGACAGUGUGAGUGUGCUAAAGGUUUCACAGGAAACAGGUGGGCAUCACGCAUCACACAAGUAUGUGUAGUAUUCACAGAAUUUGACAUCAGUAAAAAGGAAAAAAAAAAAGCGAUACAAGAAAUGAAGGAAGAAUAUUUGCUGCAGCUGGUAAUGGGAUAUUUCCUGUUUUCAAGCUGCCAUCCAAUGAAAGGAGAGUGCACAUGCCAGCCAGGUUGGGCGGGACUGUACUGUAAUGAGUCAUGUGCUCACGGUUUUUACGGUCACAAUUGCCUCGAACCCUGUCUCUGCGUAAAUGGAGGUGUGUGUGAUAGCACCACUGGACAGUGUCAUUGUCCAGCCGGAUUUAUGGGCGCUCAUUGUGAGAGUCCAUGUAAACGUGGCACCUACGGGGAGAACUGUUCCCUUGAAUGUUCCUGUGAAAACUUCUUUAAGUGCUCACCGGUCGACGGGACAUGCUUCUGCAAAGAGGGCUGGCAGGGACCAAACUGCUCAGCCCGUUGCUCCGAAGGAACUUGGGGUUCUGGAUGCAAUUCCACCUGCCACUGUUCUAAUGGUGCAAAAUGUAACCCCACUGAUGGAUCCUGCACAUGUACCACUGGCUGGCAGGGGCCACAAUGUCAGCAGCCAUGUCCUGUAAGUAGGCUUGUCACAAAGAAAUGUUCAUACAAAAAAAAAAAAGAACACAAGACAAAAAGAGGGUUACCUUGUUGUCCUCAACAAUUAUUGGACUCGAACCUGAAGCCUUUUGGUUCCAGUUGUAGCGAGCCAUGUCCCGAGGGCUUGUGGGGCCCUCACUGCAAUCAGUCCUGUUUCAAAAAUUGUCCUAACAGUGACACCUGCCAAAAGGAAAACGGAGAAUGUGUGUGUCAUCCAGGCUACUGGGGGAUCACCUGUCAGAACAAAUGCAGAGCGGGCAUGUAUGGUGAGCAGUGCAGCAUGUCUUGUCCAUCCUGUGGAGAGUCUUACCGCUGCAAUCAUGUGACAGGAGAGUGUUACUGCCCGCCCGGAUAUACAGGACCUAAUUGUAAUCAAGUUUGUCCGGCUGGAUUCUAUGGCCAACAGUGUUCUAAAGUGUGCAUAACGUGUGUCAACAAUUCCACAUGUGACCAUCAGGACGGUCACUGUGAAUGUCUGCCCGGCUGGAUUUCAACUGACUGCUCCAAACAUGUUUCAGAGCAGUCUGGGAGCGUGAUGGUGCCUCUUCCUCCCGGUGACAGGGAAUCGUGGGGCGCCAUUAGUGGGAUUGUGGUGCUCGUCAUUUUGGUGGUUUUGCUGCUGGUGCUGCUGUUGCUGUAUCGACACAGGCAGAAGGACAAGCAGAACAACACACCCACUGUCUCCUUUUCUACAGGCCGCACCGUUAACUCUGAAUACGCAGUUCCAGAUGUCCCCCACAGUUACCACCACUACUACUCCAAUCCCAGCUACCAUACAUUGAGUCAGAGCAGGCCUCCUCUGCCGCACCUGCCCAACAACCACGAUCGCACCCUCAAGAACAACAAUAACCAGGUUUUCUGCAGUGUAAAAAACAUGGAGCGAGAGAGACGAGGUCUGUUCGGGGUCGAGAGCAAUGCUACUUUGCCUGCAGACUGGAAGCACCGCGAGCUCCACAAAGAAACAGAAGCUUUUGGGUUCGACCGACACUACAGCUACAGCGCCAGCCUUGGGAAAAAUUAUAACAAAGUGUUAACGGAGCUGAACGGCACAUUAGCUGUGAGCAGCAGCUCUCUGAACAGUGAGAAUCCCUAUGCUACCAUCAAAGACCUGCCGGGCCUACCUUUCAGCCACCCUGAGAGCAGUUACAUGGAGAUGAAGUCUGCCGUGCCUCGAGAGCGAGCGUACACGGAGAUCAGCUCCGUGCCAUUCAACAGCACCGCUUUACGCAGAGAGCGUCAGAGCUCCCUCGGCCAUGCACCACACGAGGACCCUCAGAGCCACUAUGACCUCCCUGUUAACAGCCACAUCCCGGGACACUAUGACAUGCCACCAGUCCGCCGACCACCUAGCCCCUCCUCUUCACCCCCAUGGACACCCCAGUGAUUCCUUUUUCUGUCGUUUCUGUCCUCCGUCUGUGCCUGUGCUCCAUGAAAUCCAGACAAAGGAAACCAUAAAGGCUUUAGAAAUGUCCAUCGCAAAACAAUACAAUUCAGGAAAGAAAAAAAGAAAGUGGGGAAAAAUGGGUUUAAAAUCCAGGCAUGUUCAGCUGUUUUGCAUGUCAAAAAAAAAACCCCUUUCUAUUAUUACAGUAAUUAUUUAAAUAAUUAUCAGGAUAUUUAAAGAAUGCAAGAUUUGUUUUUUUUUUUUUUUCCGGUCAAAGCUAAGCAUGAUCACGACAGCUCUGGUCCUUGUCUCCGGUCCUCUGGUCUGGCAGUGGUGGCUUAGUGAUUAAGGAAGUGGACGUGGGUUCGGAAGGUUUCAGGUUUGAGUCCACCAGCAGAGGUCACAUUUGGUUGUGUGCAGUGGUGUGGCUGUGUCACAAUGAUUAGUAGGUCACGUUCCCUUUCCUAAACGCGACCUUUCUUGAAUCCAGUCUAUAUUUUACAUUAGAAUCAAAUCUAUGGUCCACCGCCAAACAAAACAUAUAAAUAUAUACAAUAAAAUAUAAAGAUCCUCUUGCGCCACUUUCCUUAAAACCUACGCCCAUUUAGUUGAAUAUCAUACUUGGGAGCAAUUAAAGAAAGACAACACAAACAGCCAUGCUUGAAAAACCAAAUAGCCGCACAGUAGACCUGAUUGACGCUUCUAAUGUCUUCUACAGCAAAAUGAAUGUCUCGAAAAAAAACCUCUGCCAGUGUUUAAAAAAAAAAAGAAAGGUGACAAAAUAUGAUUAUUUGUUUACCGAAUUAACGUUUUUUGUAUAUAUGUUUGUAUGAGUUUUGUUAAAAAAAAAAAA